UUUAAAAAAGAGAUCAUAGAGCAGCCAAGAUGGUGAAGCAGAUCGAGAGCAAGACUGCUUUUCAGGAAGCCUUGGACGCUGCAGGUGAUAAACUUGUAGUAGUUGACUUCUCAGCCACGUGGUGUGGACCUUGCAAAAUGAUCAAGCCUUUCUUUCAUUCCCUCUCUGAAAAGUAUUCCAACGUGAUAUUCCUUGAAGUAGAUGUGGAUGACUGUCAGGAUGUUGCUUCAGAGUGUGAAGUCAAAUGCAUGCCAACAUUCCAGUUUUUUAAGAAGGGACAAAAGGUGGGUGAAUUUUCUGGAGCCAAUAAGGAAAAGCUUGAAGCCACCAUUAAUGAAUUAGUCUAAUCAUGUUUUCUGAAAACAUAACCAGCCAUUGGCUAUUUAAAACUUGUAAUUUUUUUAAUUUACAAAAAUAUAAAAUAUGAAGACAUAAACCCAGUUGCCAUCUGCGUGACAAUAAAACAUUAAUUCUAACACUU